CCAGGUGAGGGCGAUGGAGAGCACAGUGACCAACGCGGAGAAGUACUUCGGCCGGUUCUGCUCGCUGCUGGCCGCCUACACCCGGAAGACGGCCCGGCUGCGGGACAAGGCCGACCAGCUGGUCAAGCAGCUCAUCGACUUCGCCAACACGGAGAACCCCGAGAUGAGGGCCACCAUGAGGAACUUCGCCGAGGAGUUGGCCAAAGUGCAGGACUACCGGCAGGCCCAGGUUGAGAGGCUGGAGACGAAGGUGGUCACCCCCCUGAAAUUCUAUGGGCCUCAGAUAAAGCAGACGCGGGCCGAGAUCAAGAAAUGCAAACAUAUGCGGAAUAAUGAGAUCAAACAACUGGAAAAGUUGGAGAAACUGAGGCAGAAGUCACCUUCGGAUAGGCAAAUGAUCUCCCAGGCAGAGACCAGCGUGCAGAAGGCCGCGGUGGACGCCAGCCGCACCACCCACCAGCUGGAGGAGACGGUCGACGCCUUCCAGACGCAGAAGCUGAAGGACCUGCAGAAAAUUUUUUCGGACUUCGUGACCAUUGAGAUGGUCUUCCACGCCAAAGCGGUGGAGGUGUAUUCCAGCGCCUUCCAGACGCUGGAGAACUACGACCUGGAGGGGGAUCUGCAGGAUUUCAGAGCCAAGAUGCGCGGAGUUUCUGGGCACAAGGAUGCCCGGCCCCGCAGGGACGCCGCUCCCUCUACAGCUGCUCCGUGGUCUCGCCCCUGCCAGGUGAGCAUGGGAGUGGGGCGGGGGUGCUGUCAAACCUGUGACAAAGCGAAGUCUGAGAACAUGGGUUUGAAAGGAGACGCUGAGAAGGAGGCGCUGCCAGCAAGUCUGACCUGGACUUGCCUGGAAAAGGAAUCAAUAAAGCAGGGAGCCCAGCGGUGCUGCCCCCACAGCCCCCAGAGCACCGUGCGCAGCCAGAGAAAAGAAGAGGAGGCGAGUGAGGACGACUUCGCUGAAGAGGACCUGGAGGAGGAACUCAGGGGCUGGGCUAGGGACUCCAUCAAUGGGACCAGAACUUCCAAGUCAGAAAACUAG